GUGGUUGUAUUUCUUCUUUUCACAAUUUGUUCAUCUCUGUGAUGCAAUUGAUUUUUAAUAUUUAUUUAACGAAUUAAAUGUCAAUAGUGAAAGUGAAAACUGGAUAUAAUAUUUUUCAGUGAAAAUAUGAAAAUUCAAUUAUAAUCCAUAAAGAAAAUUGAUAAAUAAAUGAAUUGAAAACCAGAGACUUAAAGCCGGAAAAAGGUUAUACAAAUGAAAAAAUAAAAAUCAGUGUAUAAAGUAAAAAACAAAAAAAAAACAAAUUUAUAAAUAAAAGAUUAUAUAGAUAAAAUAAUUUUGUGUAUAAAUCAAAGCAGAGGCACGAUUUGUAGGCGAGAAAAGUGAAGAAAAUACAAAAUUAUAAGAAGAAAAAUCAUACGAGUUCAAUAAACGCUUGAUCUUUAGAGCGGCCCAAUAUCCAAACUAACCUAAAAACAAGUGGAAAUUUGUGUCUUUUUUUUCGAAACAAAAAAUGUAGGAAUUGUUGAUAAGAACAUCUAAAAACUGAUAAACAAAUUACCGCGAAAAUACAGUGUAGGUAUUAAAAAGGCACUUUUGAAAGGGAGAUUUAUUUAAAUUUACAAGAUGUUGGGUGGCUUAAUACCGAUAAGAUGGUCAGAACUACGUAUAUUUCCAGCACGUAUGUCCACCACACAAAAGGUGGUUAUUAUGUCUAUAGCGGCUGGUGUGGCCCUUUUGGGUGUAAUGUCCAGAUACUUGCGUCGUCGUAAGCCACCACGUCCUCCACGUCGUGCUCGUAAAUACACAGGAAGACGUACACGCAAUAGUAUGCGUAGUCCCAAUGAUAUGAUUUCCAUUGCCGGCUCUAAAGCCUCUGCCCGCUCUGGCAGUCCAGUGGGCUCUACUAUUGCAUACUCCCAAUCUGAUCGUAUGUCCAUGGCCAGUGGUUCUAUAGGUGCAGGGGCCCUAGUGUCUUCCUCUAACCAAGGUCAACCUGGAAUAAUGACCACCCAAUUGACCGCCCAACAAUUGGGUGUUAUGGGCAUGGAAGCUUUGGAUACCGUCAUAAAUUUCUGGGAGGAUGCCUUAGCUGCUCAUUAUUCACCAGGCGGUGUUCCCGCCAUACUCACUACAGCUGAAGAAUCCGAAUUUUGUAGAGAAAUACAAAAUCUGCUCGAUAUGGCCUAUACUUUGCAGGAACAAAGUGAAUUACUCUUUUUGGAUCAACGUUCGGUGUUAUUUCGCGACGAACCGUCCAUAGAGGAGGCCGAGGAGGAUAAUUGGCGUGCUCUGGAGGAUGUUGCUGAUGAUGAUAAACAUUCUCAGCGUUCCACAAGUAUGAGUCGUACUGGUUCCGAUCCUAAUUUCGAUUCUGCGGAAAGUUUUGCAUCAGCCUUAGAUCAAGUGGCGGAUUUGAGAGAAUUUGAUAGUUUUGCCGAUACCGAAUAUGAGGAGUAUCCAUUGUAUCAGGCAGCUUUAAAACAGCACGAAGAAUCACCCAUACCAUGUCGUACUAUACGCUGUGAAUUGGUGCAUUGUUCCAACGAAACGGAAUAUUUGGCUAAAUUGCAUUGUGUGCGUUUGGCUUUUCAAUAUUUGUUUAAGGAUCCAGCUAUUGGUCAAUGGGUAAUUGAUACCGGUCGUCAAAUACUUACCGAUUUGUUGUGUCUGGGUGAUAAAGAUACCAAAGAAUUUUUGGUUGGCUAUGAGGAUUUCAUCAAUUAUUUACAAGAUCCCUCAAAUUGGGUUGAAAUACAAAAAGAAUUGGAACAGCGCAAUGUCAAGGCCAUGACAUUCUAUGACAUCUGUUUGGAUUUCAUAAUAUUAGACUCAUUUAGAGAUUUAGAUGCACCACCGGGAAGUGUUAUUGCAGUUGUACAAAAUCGAUUUUUAUCUAAUGGUUUUAAAGAAACAGCUCUAACCACCGCAGUAUGGUCUGUUUUAAAGGCUAAGAAACGUAUGCUUAAGUUUCCCGAUGGUUUUAUGGCCCACUUCUAUGUCAUCUCCGAACAAUUGUCACCCUUAAUGGCUUGGGGUUUUUUUGGACCCGAUGAAAACUUGAAGGAUAUUUGCCAUUACUUUAGAGAUCAAAUGUUGGGCUUUUUGGCCGAUAUUUUUAGUUUCCAAAAGAGUCAUUAUACCACUUUGGAGGAAUUUUCCCAAGAUAUUUUAGAUCAUAUGAAAACUAGAGUUAAUAAUAUUAGUAUUAAAUUUAGUCAAUAGAAAAUCAAACGUUAAAGAUCAUAGAAACAUCAUAAAUUUAAAUAAGAAAACUUCCUUAAUUCCUUUUUUUAUUGAUUUUUUUAACUAAAAGUUUGGAAAACUAUUUGAAAUGAACAAAAUAUUCUAAUUGUUUUUGAAAGACAAACAAAUCUAGAGAAAAAAACGCAAAUGUUAUAUAUAAAUCGUGUGUUCAUUAGUUAAGAGUGGCUUAUGAAAGAUUUCACUAAUUGGUACUAUUCCAGCUCAUUUUUUGUUUAUUAAUUUCUUCUUUUAAAUUUUACUGCAUUUAAGUUUUUUAUUUCUAGUUCAUUAUAAGGUGCCCUUAUAUACAUACAACUUAAUAAAUAAUAUUAAUAAUAAAUAGCUUUAUA